AUAAAACCCUGCGUCCUCUCCCGCCGCUGAUCACUGGGACUUUUCAGACUCGUCUCCGACCUGAAAUCUCACCGGUCGACCACAAAGUUCAGCUGCAGCACCUGGAGAAAAUAAAGACAUGAAGCCAGUCCCCCUGCUCCUGCUCCUCUCCUCCGUCCUCCUCUCAUCACACCUCCGCCCCGCCGCCGGCAGACCGCGCACCUUCCCCGGCUGGCUGGAUGGCAGCGGUCGCCUCCAGACGCAGCAAAUGGACGAAGUGCUCCUCAGAGCGGCCGCGGCCGGGGACAGCACCGCCUCUGAUCUAGUGGGCGACAGCAUCCUGAGGUUUCUCCAGAGGAGGAACCCGGGACAUCUCCACCUGCUGCCAACGGAGGAGGAGAGCGAGGACGAGGCAGUGAGGACGGCGGCGCAGCUGCUGAAACGGAGCGAAGAGCCGCCGCUGUCCAUCGACCUGACCUUCCACCUGCUGAGGAAUAUGAUCCAGAUGGCCAAGAUGGAGAGCCAGAGGGAGCAGGCUCAGCUCAACCGCAAAGUGCUCGACGAGGUCGGGAAGUAAAUGCUCUAUUUUUUUUUUUUUUGAAUGCCUCGUUAAAACAGCUCAACCGCUGUCUCAGUAUUUAAGACCUCUGACAUUAGUUCUUGUUUGUGCGCCUGCCCUUCUCUCCGCAUCAUUUUACGCACAGAUGGUGCCAAAUUACGCACCACAGCAUACGCGAGUAAAAUGUAAAUCUUUAAGUGUUAUUUCAAGACCUGGAAAAUAUGGAAACUGACAGACCCCUCCUCGUCCCCCGUUCAUUGUCCACUGGCCUCACCCCUUCCCUCACCCGUCAAACCCGCAAUCCCUUCAACACUGGACUUAUGGUGGACAAAAGGGAAACUGUGGCAUCACUGGAUUUCACGCCAAGUGUCAUUAUCACGUGUUGCUGAAUUGGACUGUUUGAUCUGGAACUCAGCAAUCAAGUAUAAAAAGUUGUUUCUCUGGUUCAUGUGAACGUUUUACGUUUUAGGAGAAGGUGUGGGUUCUCAGAAACCUGUUUCACACAAUAUCCCUAAACAAACGUUCCAUUCUUUAUUUAACUUACAUUAGACCAAUUCUAUAAAUGUACAUGAGCCGAUCUCAUAAUGAUGCAGAGUAGAGAUUCAGAAUGAAACCUUUUCAGACUUAUUCUGAGCUGCAGGAAAGUUCUCUGGAAGUUUUUCUUGAUGUCUUUGAAGCCUAAAGUUAAGCUGAGGACAACUAGAAAACCAUAUUUGUUGUGACUCCAGCCACCAUUAGCCUGAGAUCUGAUAUCAGGAGACUUAAAUAUUCAAAAACCCCCCUGUUGUCUCUCCGGUUCAGUUCUGUGUCUCUUUCUUUUAUAUCCACUCGGCCAGACUUGGUAGAUGGAUUGUAUUAGUUUCAAAACAGAGCAGAGGCUGCAGGAAAGACAAAGGACACUGUAUGUUCUCUCCUUUGUCAAAGCAUCAGCUCUCACCUUCCUUUUGUCCUCCUUCUGUCCUUUGUUUUAAGCGGGAACACUAUCACCUGUACUGUAUCGACUGUAGCAUGCUAACCAACAACAAAAAGAACAAAAAAAAGCUUUAUUUUACUGUAAACAUUAACGUCUCACACU